GCUCACUAUAAAAAGGUGAAGCAUCACAACAGUCAGCCACCUGAAGAGAUCUACUGUAGAUCAGAGGGACCAUGAAGUGGCUCUGCUUUGCCCUUGUUUUUGUGCUCGCUGGUGUUGCAUCAGGGGCCAUUGAGAAGAGGAUUAUUGGGGGUGCAUCCUGUAAGAAGGACAGGCAGUACCAUGUCCAGAUUGAGAGUUUCCAGGGCGGGAAGUUCUGUGGAGGCUCUCUGCUCAACACCCGCUGGGUCAUCACUGCUUCUCACUGUGCAGACCAACGUGUGAAAGUGAAGCUUGGCCUAAACAAUGACGUCUCUUUUUUAACAAAAGCAUGGUCUUUCUUGAAAGGAUCAUCCAAAAAAUAUGAGCAAGACAUUAGUACCGACCAACAGUUUACCUUCAAGGAUGAGGAGGAGCAUCUCCAUGACAUCAUGCUCAUUAAAUUAAAAGAGGAUGUAUCUGCUAAACUCCCCACCAUCAAGUUACCUCCUGUUGGGUGUAGCAGACCAGAUAAGGGUCAGCAGGUUGAGGUCGGAGGCUGGGGAUACAAGACAAAGGACAAAAUCCCCAGCAAUCUGAAGUGUUCCAGCACAGAAAUUGCUGACUGUGGUGAGGGGGAUAAACCUGAUAGCAAAUACCACAGUGAUGAAACUACCACCAUGUGUGCCUUUAAAGCCGGCGUGGAGUCCUGCUUUGGUGACGCAGGUUCGGCUGUGGAGUAUAACAAUGUUUUACACGGGAUUAUUGUCAGCGACCCCGUUGAUAAGUGUGCAAACACAAUUGUAAUGUUGGAUAUCUGUCGCUACAGGGAGUGGAUUGAGAAAACCAUGCGGGAAAAGUGAGAGUGAAGCUUGGAGGUUAAUACAAAAAUCACACAUGUACUUAAAAUAUCUCCUAUUUUUUCAUUUAUUAUCACAAUCACCUGCCUUCUUAAGCUAAUUUCAUGUUAAAGUAGUUUGUUUUAGAAUAAAACUGAAAAGAUUAGGAGUGAAUUCCAAUUUUGUUACACUGGUUUGGUACUUUACAUUAGGCAUGUAAGGGGAAAUUUAUUUUACUACCUUCCUAUUGUGGGUUAUAUUCAAUAUUCAAUACUCAUUUUCUUCUAUGAAUAAAAAUGUGUGACCUCCACCUCUGUUCAUGUG